CAGACCCUCGGUCUGUCCGCUGGGGGCGCGCGCAGUGUGUGGCAGGCGGCAGUGUGUGGCAGGCGGCAGCGGCGCUGGCGGCCGAGUGCGCGGGUCACGCGUGGCGGUGCGUGGUUGCUAGGGGCGCCUGAGGCUGCCGGGUAGCCCAGCAGGCCUAGGGACGAAGUAGCGUGGAGCCGGUGACGAGCCGGGGCGAAGCUGGAUCCCCUAGGUGAGUGCGGCUGCGGAGCCAGGGGAGCUGACCCCAGACACUCCGCCGGUUCCACGCUCUCGACCUCCCUCUACCCGAGUCCUUUCGCGCGGGUCCCCAGCCCUCCGGCCACUCUCACCCUAGCCCCGCUUCCUCCCGCCACCUCUCAUACCCCGGGAGGCCAGGGAGCCGCGGCCUCCUACCCGGCCGGGACUUCGCGCCUCCUCGGAGCCGUUCUCCUCUCCGCCACGCCCCGCGAACUUAGUCGGCCUCGUCUCCAGACUGACGGACUUCAAGGAUGCAGCUGCUACUACUGGAGGUGUGUGGCACCUUACCUGAGCAAGGCCAUGAGACCGUGUGGCCAUGAUGUGGGCCCCUGAUGGCCUCAGCAGGAACACAGCACUAUAGUAUUGGCCUCCGCCAGAAAAACAGCUUCAAGCAGAGUGGUCCCUUGGGCACAGUGCCUGCCACACCACCUGAGAAACCCUCGGAGGGCAGAGUCUGGCCUCAGGCCCAUCAGCAAGUGAAGCCAAUCUGGAAGCUGGAAAAGAAGCAAGUGGAGACACUGUCAGCAGGGUUGGGCCCAGGCCUCUUGGGCGUCCCCCCACCACCAGCAUAUUUCUUUUGCCCCAGCACUUUAUGUAGCUCUGGGACCACGGCUGUCAUUGCAGGCCACAGCAGUUCCUGUUACCUACACUCUUUCCCGGACUUGUUCAACAGCACCCUGCUAUACCGCCGCUCCAGCUAUAGGCACAGACCGUACCAGCAACUGGAGUCCUUCUGCUUGCGUUCGAGCCCAUCAGAAAAAAGCCCUUUUUCUCUCCCUCAAAAGAGCCUCCCUGUCAGUCUCACUGCCAACAAGGCCACUUCUUCCAUGGUCUUCCCCAUGGCCCAGCCCAUGGCCUCCUCAUCCACAGAACCAUACCUCUGCUUGGCAGUGGCUGGGGAAAACCCUUCAGGGAAGAGCCUGGCCUCUGCCAUCUCAGGGAAGAUCCCAUCUCCACUCUCUUCCUCCUAUAAGCCCAUGCUGAAUAAUAAUUCCUUCAUGCGGCCAAAUAGCACGCACGUGCCUUUAUUGCAGACCACAGAGGGCCUGAAGCCAGUAUCGCCACCCAAGAUCCAGCCUGUCUCCUGGCAUCAUUCAGGGGGUACUGGAGACUGUGUACCACAGCCUGUUGACCAUAAGGUGCCCAAAAGCAUUGGCACUGUCCUAGCUGAUGCCAGUGCCCAUAUCGCCUUGUCUACCGCUAGCUCCCAUGACACAUCCACCACCAGUGUUGCCUCUUCCUGGUAUAACCGGAAUAACUUAGCCAUGAGGGCAGAGCCACUUUCCUGUGCUCUGGAUGACAAUUCUGAUUCCCAGGAUCCAACUAAGGAGAUGCGGUUCACUGAGGCCGUGAGGAAAUUGACCGCAAGAAGCUUUGAGAAGAUGCCGAGGCAAGGCUGCCAGUUUGAACAGUCUAGUUUCCUGAAUCCCAGCUUCCAGUGGAAUGUCCUCAACAGGAGCAGGAGGUGGAAACCUCCUGCGGUAAAUCAGCAGUUUCCUCAGGAGGAUGCUGGAUCAGUCGGUCGGGUCCUCCCUGGUGCCUCAGAUACCUUGGGGUUGGACAAUACAGUCUUCUGUACCAAACGUAUCAGCAUUCACCUCCUUGCCUCACAUGCCAGUGGGCUCAAUCACAGCCCUACCUGUGAAUCUGUAAUUGACUCCCCAGCAUUUGGAGAAGGCAAAGCUCCAGGUCCCCCUUCUCCUCAAACUCUUGGCAUAGCCAGCGUGGCCACCCGCCUCUCUUCCAUCCAGCUGGACCAGUCUGAGAAGGAGAGACCUGAGGAGGCCAGGGAGCUGGACUCAUCUCAUAGGGAUAUUAGUUCAGCUACUGACCUCCAGCCAGAUCAGGCUGAGACUGAAGAUACAGAAGAAGAACUAGUAGAUGAUUUGGAAGACUGUUGUAGCCGUGAUGAGAAUGAAGAGGAGGAGGGAGACUCAGAGUGCUCCUCAUUAAGUGUUGUCUCCCCCAGCGAAUCGGUGGCCAUGAUCUCUAGAAGCUGUGUGGAAAUUCUGACCAAACCCCUUUCCAAUCAUGAGAAAGUUGUCCGACCAGCCCUCAUCUACAGUCUCUUUCCCAACGUUCCCCCUACCAUCUAUUUUGGCACUCGGGAUGAGAGAGUGGAGAAACUUCCCUGGGAGCAGAGGAAGUUGCUCCGAUGGAAGAUGAGCACAGUGACCCCCAACAUUGUGAAGCAGACCAUUGGACGGUCCCACUUCAAAAUCAGCAAAAGAAACGAUGACUGGCUGGGCUGCUGGGGUCACCACAUGAAGUCUCCUAGUUUCCGAUCCAUUCGAGAGCAUCAGAAGCUAAACCAUUUCCCAGGCUCAUUCCAGAUUGGGAGGAAGGACCGGCUGUGGCGGAACCUAUCACGCAUGCAGAGCCGCUUUGGCAAGAAGGAGUUCAGUUUCUUCCCCCAGUCCUUUAUCCUGCCCCAGGAUGCCAAGCUCCUGCGCAAAGCGUGGGAGAGCAGCAGCCGCCAGAAGUGGAUUGUGAAGCCACCAGCAUCAGCUCGAGGCAUUGGCAUCCAGGUUAUUCACAAGUGGAGUCAGCUCCCCAAGCGAAGGCCCCUCCUGGUACAGAGGUAUCUACACAAACCCUACCUCAUCAGCGGCAGCAAGUUUGACCUGCGGAUCUAUGUUUACGUCACUUCCUAUGAUCCUCUGCGGAUUUACCUCUUUUCAGAUGGACUGGUCCGCUUUGCCAGUUGCAAGUAUUCUCCUUCCAUGAAGAGCCUUGGCAAUAAGUUCAUGCACCUGACCAACUACAGUGUCAAUAAAAAGAAUGCCGAGUACCAGGCCAAUGCAGAUGAAAUGGCUUGCCAGGGCCACAAAUGGGCACUGAAGGCUUUGUGGAACUACCUGAGUCAGAAGGGAGUCAAUAGUGAUGCCAUCUGGGAGAAGAUAAAGGAUGUUGUUGUCAAAACCAUCAUCUCGUCAGAGCCCUACGUGACCAGCCUGCUGAAGAUGUAUGUGCGGCGGCCCUAUAGCUGCCAUGAACUCUUUGGUUUUGACAUCAUGCUAGACGAAAACCUCAAGCCCUGGGUCCUGGAAGUCAACAUUUCACCAAGCCUCCACUCCAAUUCUCCACUGGAUAUCAGCAUCAAAGGCCAGAUGAUUCGUGACCUUCUGAAUCUGGCAGGUUUUGUCCUGCCCAAUGCAGAGGAUAUCAUUUCCAGCCCCAGCAGCUGCAGCAGCUCCACCACCAGCCUGCCCACCUCCCCUGGGGACAAAUGUCGAAUGGCUCCAGAGCAUGUCACUGCACAGAAGAUGAAGAAAGCCUAUUAUCUGACCCAGAAAAUUCCUGAUCAGGACUUCUAUGCAUCUGUGCUGGAUGUCCUGACACCAGAUGAUGUUCGGAUUCUGGUUGAGAUGGAAGAUGAGUUUUCUCGCCGUGGUCAGUUUGAACGAAUUUUUCCCUCUCAUAUCUCCUCUCGCUAUCUCCGCUUUUUUGAGCAGCCACGAUAUUUCAACAUUCUCACCACCCAAUGGGAACAGAAAUACCAUGGCAACAAGCUUAAAGGAGUAGAUCUGCUACGGAGUUGGUGCUACAAAGGGUUCCACAUGGGAGUUGUCUCUGAUUCUGCUCCAGUGGUGAGUGCUGCCAGUGUGGAGGACAGCUCCUUCUCAGGCCCCUCCCUCCUCUGCCUUAUGAGUGCAGCAGGAGUUGGGUUGUGGUCUCUCCCGACAUCACUUCUGACUAUCUCAAAGGAUGAUGUGAUACUCAAUGCCUUCAGCAAAUCAGAGACUAGCAAGCUGGGAAAACACAGCUCCUGCGAGGUUAGCCUACUACUCUCUGAAGAUGGGACCACGCCCAAAUCCAAGAAGACUCAAGCUGGCCUUUCCCCUUAUCCCCAGAAACCCAGUUCCUCAAAGGACAGUGAGGACACCAGCAAAGAGCCCAGCCUUUCUACCCAGAUGUUACCUGUGAUCAAGUACUCUGGGCGGACUUCAAGACUUUCUACUUCCUCUACUUCCUCCACUUUCCAGUCAACCAGUGACUCCCUCCUGGCUGUGAGCCCAUAACUGGCGUCUCUCCAAAAGCCUCUGCCCAGGAGCAUGGGCAUCAGCUACCUCACGGGAACCAGCCUGCUGUGUAGACCAGUCUGAGCCCCUACCCCUUUCACCCUGUCCCUCCUCAGAGUAUUUUUUGAAGUGGUUGCAUUAUAGAGAUAGGUAUUUGUAGGGCCAGAGGGAUGGUAGUGAUGGGGAGAAGGUGAGGAAGGGUCACCCUCUGUCACCUGUCUGCCUGGCUGGCACCUCAUGUCUCAGCAGAGAAGCCAGUGGUGGCCACGCAGCCUUAUAAAGCAGGUUUUGGUUUCUACCUUAA